GUUACCUCUCAGAGACAGGAUGCCGAACUGGGGGGGCGGAGCCAAAUGUGGUGCCUGUGAGAAGACCGUGUACCACGCCGAGGAAAUCCAGUGCAAUGGAAGGAGCUUCCACAAGUCCUGCUUCCUCUGCAUGGCCUGCAGGAAAGCUCUGGACAGCACCACAGUGGCAGCUCACGAGUCCGAAAUCUACUGCAAGACCUGCUACGGGAGGAAAUACGGUCCCAAAGGCGUCGGCUUCGGGCAAGGGGCCGGAUGCCUCAGCACUGACACCGGAGACCACCUGGGCUUGAACCUGCAACAGGGGUCGCCAAAGCCUGCUCGCCCUUCUACACCAACUAAUGCUUCCAAGUUUGCCAAAAAGAUGGUAGAUGUGGAUAAAUGUCCCCGUUGUGGCAAGUCAGUGUAUGCUGCAGAGAAGAUCAUGGGAGGAGGAAAACCUUGGCACAAGACGUGUUUCCGCUGCGCUAUUUGUGGCAAGAGUUUGGAAUCCACGAAUGUUACGGACAAAGACGGAGAGCUCUACUGUAAAGUUUGCUAUGCAAAAAAUUUCGGUCCCAAAGGAAUCGGGUUUGGUGGCCUCACUCAAGUGGAAAAGAAAGAAUGUGAAUGAGAAGAAAUGGAUGCAGCAGUCUCACAAACUGAUGCUGAUGCCACCAAGUGAGAGCUGCUCAAGUAAAACAUUAAACAUCACAUAUUGCUAAGAACACAGGGCAUUUGGGGCAAGAUUUUCCACCCUGCAGGAAGAAUUUGUGAGCUUAUAUCUUAAGAAAUUCUUAGAUUAGGUUACAAAGGUACAGUGAUAGCUUUGUGUCUGUUUUAUAGUAAACAAAGACAAAAAAAUCCCUUGUGUAAUAUUAUUGCUUCUUAAACUAGUAUUUAGCACAUUUUAGACUGGAGUUUUAGACUCAGCUUAGUGUCCCAUCGAGGUACCUUAUGGAGUGCAGGGUCUGAGGGUUCCAGCUAUUUUAAUAUUAUUGUAUUUCCCUCUGUUCACAAUGUUACUCUAUUCCUACCAAACUCCUAGGUGUGUUUUGAACAUGUUGGCAUUUUGUGUUGUAGGUUACAGGUAGAGGUUAUUCACCUUGAGACAAUUAAAAAGGGUUUGAAAUUCUUUCUACCAA